AUGUUGGUGGGGAGUUUGUGUGCCCUCAUACAUGGUGCGGCCUCACCUCUCAUGCUCCUAGUAUAUGGCAUGAUGACCAACACAUUUGUGGCUUAUGAGCUUGAGGUUCAAGAACUGAAAGACCCAAACAAGACCUGCAUCAACAACACCAUCUAUUGGGAAAAUAUUGAAUCACAGAUGACCAUGUUUGCAUAUUACUAUGUUGGAAUUGGAUUAGGAGUUCUGUUUCUUAGCUAUUUUCAAAUUUUCCUCUGGGUGUCAGUCGCUGCAAGACAGACUCAGAGAAUCCGAAAGACUUAUUUCCGAAAAGUAAUGCGAAUGGAGAUUGGAUGGUUUGACUGCAACUCUGUUGGUGAACUGAACACACGGAUAUCUGACGAUAUCAACAAGAUCAACAAUGCCAUCGCUGACCAAGUGUCUAUCUUCAUUGAGAGGAUCUCUACGUUUGUGUUUGGCUUCAUGGUUGGUUUCAUCGGUGGGUGGAAGCUGACUUUGGUGGUCAUUGCAGUGAGCCCACUGAUUGGUAUAGCUGCUGGACUGAUGGCUAUGGCUGUUGCCAGACUGACAGGACGAGAGCUGGAGGCCUAUGCAAGGGCUGGGGCAGUGGCUGAUGAGGUCCUGUCAUCCAUAAGAACAGUAGCAGCGUUUGGUGGGGAGGAAAAGGAAGCUGAAAGGUAUGAUAAAAACCUUGUGGAAGCUCAGAACUGGGGUGUGAAAAAGGGAACCAUCAUAGGGGUGUUUCAAGGAUACCUGUGGUGCAUCAUUUUCCUUUGCUAUGCGCUGGCCUUCUGGUAUGGAUCAAAAUUGGUAAUUGACACCAAGGAACUGUCUCCUGGUGCUCUAAUUCAGGUGUUUUUUGGAGUACUCAUGGCAGCUAUGAACCUGGGUCAGGCCUCACCGUGCCUGGAGGCCUUUGCUUCUGGUCGUGCAGCUGCAAAGGCCAUCUUUGAAACAAUUGACCGGGAACCAGAAAUCGAUUGUUUCGCAGAGGAUGGUCACAAAUUAGAUAAAGUAAAAGGUGACAUUGAGUUCCAUAAUGUCACUUUCCAUUAUCCAUCCCGACCUGAAGUCAAGAUUUUAAAUGAUCUGAGCAUGCAGAUCAAAGCGGGAGAAACCACUGCUUUUGUUGGACCAAGUGGAUCUGGAAAGAGCACCACAGUCCAGCUUAUCCAGAGGUUUUAUGACCCAAAGGAGGGAAUGGUGACUUUGGAUGGACAUGAUAUCCGAAGUUUAAACAUCCAGUGGCUUCGAUCUCUCAUUGGUAUUGUGGAGCAGGAGCCAGUGUUGUUUGGUACAACCAUUGCAGAGAACAUCCGCUAUGGUCGACCUGGAGUAACCAUGGAAGACAUUAUCCAGGCAACAAAAGAGGCUAAUGCCUAUAAUUUUAUCAUGGACCUGCCACAGAAAUUUGAUACUAUGGUGGGAGAAAGUGGAGGUCAGAUGAGUGGAGGACAGAAGCAGCGGAUUGCUAUUGCUCGAGCUUUGAUUCGAAACCCCAGGAUCCUGCUGCUGGAUAUGGCCACAUCAGCCUUAGACAAUGAGAGUGAGGCUGUUGUCCAGGAAGCACUGGAUAAGGUGCGUACGGGCAGGACCACAAUUUCUAUAGCCCAUCGUCUUUCCACAAUUAGGAAUGCGGAUGUCAUCAUUGGAUUUGAGCAUGGGCAGGCUGUGGAGAAGGGAACACACAGUGAGCUGCUAGAGAGGCAAGGUGUCUAUUUCACCCUGGUCACCCUUCAAAACCAAGGCACAUCCAACACAGCUAAUGAUGCUGUCAGUGAAGCUGCUGAAGAGGACUUUGAUGUUAGAGUGAGGAGUUUUAGCCGUGGAAGCUGCAGAUCCAGUAAAAGGAGCUCUGUUCGACUGCGAUCUCAGAGCAAAUUGUCCAAUGACUUUCUCCCUGAUGUAGUACCUGGCGGCCUCAAGAUCCAUUCGGACACACCACAAAAUACAUGUGAGGAUGAUGCAGUUGAACAUGUAGAGCCUGCCCCAGUAGCACGUAUCUUGAAAUACAACCAACCAGAGUGGCCCUACAUGCUCCUGGGUUCUCUGGGAGCUGCUGUUAAUGGCUCUGUCAACCCCAUCUAUGCUAUCCUGUUCAGCCAAAUUCUCGGGACCUUUGCCAUACGUGAUGUGACUGAGCAGAGGGAGCAGAUCAAUGGGACAUGCGUUCUGUUUUGCAUUGUGGCUGUGAUUAGUUUCUUUUCACAGUUUUUACAGGGAUAUGCUUUUGCUAAGUCUGGUGAGCUGCUGACACGCCGCCUGAGGAAAGUGGGAUUCCAGGCUAUGUUGAAACAGGAGAUUGGCUGGUUUGAUGACCCCAGAAAUAGCCCUGGAGCUCUGACCACCAGACUAGCCACUGAUGCAUCCAUGGUCCAGGGGGCAACAGGAUCUCAGAUUGGCAUGAUUGUUAACUCGUUGACCAGCAUCGGAGCCUCUUUCAUCAUUGCCUUCUACUUCAGUUGGAAGUUAACUCUGGUAAUCAUGUGCUUCUUGCCCCUCAUUGGGCUGUCUGGGGCAUUCCAAGCCAAAAUGCUGACAGGUUUUGCAAAUGAAGAUAAAAAUGCCAUGGAAGCAGCGGGCCGGGUAUCCAGCGAGGCUCUUUCCAACAUCAGGACCAUCGCAGGCUUGGCCAAAGAGAGCUCCUUUGUGGAAUCUUAUGAAGAGAAACUUGAGAUUCCAUAUAAAUCUGGCAAGAAGAAAGCCCACAUCUAUGGGAUCUGUUUUGGGUUUGCCCAGUGUGUAAUCUUCAUGGCAUAUGCUGCUUCAUUCAGAUAUGGAGGUUACCUGGUUAGCUCUGAGGGGUUACAAUACAUGCUGGUUUUCAGAGUGAUUUCAGCUAUAGUGAUUAGUGGGACAGCACUGGGCAGAGCUUCCUCCUUUACCCCAGAUUAUGCCAAAGCCAAGACUGCUGCUGCACAAUUUUUCAAACUUUUGGACAGAACACCGAAAAUUAAGAUGAGCAACACAGACGGAGAGAAAUGGGAGAAUUUCAAAGGUGAAGUAAAGUUCCUCAACUGCAAGUUCACCUAUCCAACACGACCGGAUAUCCAGGUGUUGAAAGGCCUGGUUGUGUCUGUGAAGCCUGGUCAGACUUUGGCGUUUGUUGGGAGCAGCGGUUGUGGGAAAAGCACCAGUGUUCAACUAUUGGAAAGGUUCUAUGACCCUGAUGAAGGUCAAGUGUUGAUUGAUGGCCACGCAUCUCAUACAGUCAAUGUGCCCUUCCUGAGAUCUCAGAUUGGCAUAGUGUCUCAGGAGCCAGUGCUGUUUGACUGCAGCAUAGCUGAGAAUAUACAGUAUGGAGUUAACACACAAAGCAUCAGCAUGGAAGAUAUUGUUGAGGCUGCCAAGAAAGCCUACCUUCAUGACUUUGUGAUGACGCUGCCAGAUAAAUAUGAGACUCAGGUUGGUGCUCAGGGCUCCCAGCUGUCAAGAGGUCAAAAACAACGCAUUGCCAUUGCCAGGGCCAUCAUCAGGAAUCCUAAGAUCCUGCUACUAGAUGAAGCUACUUCUGCCCUGGACACAGAGAGUGAAAAGACUGUCCAGUCCGCUCUGGACGAGGCAAGAAAAGGACGAACCUGCAUUGUCAUCGCUCACCGGCUCUCUACUAUCCAGACUGCUGAUAUCAUAGCAGUGAUGUCUCAGGGAGUUGUCAUAGAACAAGGCACACAUGAUAAACUCAUGGCCAAGAAGGACGCCUACUAUAAACUGGUCACAACAGGCGCUCCUAUCAGCUAG